CAAAACCGAACGGCACUAAUGCAUCAAAACUCUUCUUUUAACAUAAAUGCUCCUUUAUCAUGUCGCCUCCGCCGCAUCAGACAGAACCUUGAAAGAUGUCCUGGACUCCUCAUGAGGGUAAACGCACCAAAACUUGUAUCCUAGGGUUAACGCUGGGUUGGCCGAACCAAGAUCUCAUCAUCAUCGCGUUUUUUUUGAGUCAAAAGUCUGAGUCUUGGGGGACGACGAUGAGCAACGAGUUGAGUGGCAAUGAAGGCGGUGAAGAAGCUUCAGAAUUGGGAGGAGGAUCCUUACCACAAGGGCACGAUUACGUGAGCGGGUGGAUGUACGUCAAUCACAACAGGCAGAUGUGCGGCCCUUACAUUCAGCAGCAGUUGUACGAGGGCUUGAAUACCGGUUUUCUACCAGAGGUUCUCUCAGUUUACCCAAUCUUAAACGGGACUCUCCUUAAUCCCGUGCCGCUCAACUACUUCAAGCAAUUCCCUGACCAUGUUGCCACCGGCUUUGUCUACUUGAAAAAUGCUGCUGGCUCUGUUGUUGAUGAUAGCCUCGUGUCCAAUUCUUGUGAUGUUGAACUAAACUUCCCGUUGUCGGGAGAUGAAUCUUGUUGGCUGUUUGAGGAUAAGGAAGGUAGGAAGCAUGGCCCGCACUCACUUACUGAGCUCUACUCCUGGUGUCACUAUGGAUACAUCCCUACCUCAUCGAUGAUACAUCACAUUGACAAUAAGUGUAAACCUUUGAAUUUGGAAUCAUUGUUAACCAUUUGGGGAAAAUCUAGACUUGGGACUGUCUCUGCACAGGACGCCAAUGACCAAAUCACAGGCUCAGCAUUGGACUUGAUUUCUGAAAUUUCUGAAGAAAUUUGUUUUCAACUUCACUCUGGAAUCAUGAGAACAGCACGAAAAAUUGUGCUGGAUGAGAUUGUUAGUUACAUUAUUUCUGAUCCUCCUUCUGCCAAGAAAAUUCGUGAGAAUCAUUUGACUGAACCUGUUGUUGAGGCUCCUAAAUCCUUGUCCUCAUGCAAUGGAAAGUCUGAAAUAUGUUAUGAGAGAAAGGACGAGGUUGUGAUUUGUGAUGAAACAGGUGUAUCCGACAGUUGUGAGGAGAAAUGUAAUGUUGAAACAAUGAGAUCUCCGCCUCGCCUGAAGUCAGUUGGAAGUUAUGAAAACUUCUGUGCCGCAUAUAUGGCCGUUAACAGAAUGCUUUUUCUUUCUUCUUCUGAAGUCUUGUGGAAUGCUGUCUUUUAUGAUCCUAUUGCUAACUAUUCAUCUGCAUGGAGAAAGAGGAAAAUAUGGCAAUCUCCUUAUGUUCUUGAGAGAUGCACCCAAUGCAGAGAGUUAACUGUGCAGAUUGAAAAGCGACAAGCUGCUGAUGAUCUGAUUCUCGAGCAUGACUCAUCCUCUGAAGUAGAUUGCCCUCCAGGUUUUGGACCUGAGAGAACCACGAUGGAUAUACAGUUGCAACUAACAUCCAUAUCUCAACCUUCGGAAAAAAAUUUGCUGAUCUCUGGUUCUUCUUGCCAAGACAUUGAGUUCAUCCUGGAUUAUGUACUGGAUGAUCUUCACUCAGCUUCGAAGCUGUCAUUAGUAGAUUACUUUCAAAGUAUUGUGGAUGAACAAGUGAAGGAGACACUUAUUCCGUCAGAUAGUGAUCAUAUGAAUCAGGUAUCUCUGAAGUCCUCUCAUCUACACGGCAAUAUAAGUGCAUAUGGUCAGAAAUCAUUUUACAAUUCAGCAGUUAUGUUAUCAAAUGCUGGCCAAGUCACAAAACUUCUAUCACAGGGUGGUGUUCAUCGUCAUGAAGUUUCCAUGACAAAUUUAUCAAAAGGUUUAUUCCGGAAAUUGCCCAUGCAUUUAGAUGAUCAAACUAGUACUGAGGUAGAUGAAUUGUGGCCUGCACAACCUGAGGAAAGCGUGGAACAAAAUGUUCCAUUACAUUUCUCUCGGAGGGAAUUUGAAAAACUGCCUGUGCAUUUAGAAGAUGGUAGUGAUAUUGCAGUUGCUGAUGGACUACGCCCACCUGAAGUUGAGGAAAUUACUCAUUGUGCUUCAUCACAUACUCUCCUAGUAGAGUCAUUUAAAUUGGAUGAACAGGUUUCAAAAACUAUUUUCCAGGUUGCACUAAUGAUAAGCCGUCAGAAGAUAUACGAGUGUGUCCGGAGUAAAUUGAAAUCUCUAUAUAUUGACGAUGCCAUUGAGAAAGCUAUAACAAUGACAUGCUCUUUCAGGGGAAUAGGCAGUAAGGGAACCAUAGGUUGGGUGAAUAAAGAGAAACCUGCUCACGGAAAGAGAUAUUCUGAAGAGACAUUAAUAGUUGGUAAAUAUAAAUAUUCUCGGAGAAGAAUGUUGAGCAAUCAAGUGUCAGGAUCGUUUUUUCAGUUUUUGGCUACUGGAGACACUGAUAAUUUGAAACGAGGAUUGAAAAGGUCAAGGAGAGGUUCCAUCCUUGGAAGUAUCAAUCAUGCUGCUCAAGUUGAAAAUGCAACUUCUAACUUAGAGAAAAUUGCAGAACAUGACAGUAGUAAGCCGCGUGCUAAUGUUCGAAUUGGGGGAAAAAAAUCAUCCUUGCAUGGUAGCAGAAAGACAUUAGAAAAGACCGCAAGAGCCAGUCGAGUUAAAUGUAGUCUUGAGAAGAUUUCUGCUCCCAGAAGCCUUGAAUCAAGUUAUUUAGAACCUGAAGCCACUGUUAACAACAUAAAAGUGCCAAAAUCAAGUAAAGUUUCAAAACCGAAAAGGAAGCAACUAAUUGAUGAUACAGCACACUGUCAAACAGGGAAAGUCCAGAAGUUAGCAAGUGAAAUUUCCAAAGAACCUCCACGUAGACAAUGUUCAGUUAAGAAGAUCAAGGGAAGCAAGUCUAGGACCUUGAGGCCUUGCCUUCAGUCGGAAGGUUGUGCUAGGUCCUCUAUGAAUGGCUGGGAAUGGCGUAAAUGGUCUUUGAGCGCUAGUCCUGCUGAAAAGGCUCGGGUUAGGGGUAGUAGCAUUGAUUCCCAAUAUGUAAAUCGUGAAACCAUUGGAUCUCAUUCUUCAAAUAAGGGACUUUCAGCGAGAACAAACAGGGUCAAGUUGCGUAACCUUCUUGCUGCUGCAGAGGGUGCUGACCUUCUCAAAGCCACACAGCUGAAAGCAAGGAAAAAACGCCUGCGUUUCCAGCGGAGCAAGAUACAUGAUUGGGGUCUUGUUGCGCUAGAACCAAUUGAAGCUGAGGACUUCGUUAUAGAAUAUGUUGGAGAACUUAUUCGCCCUCGUAUAUCUGACAUACGUGAGUACGAGUAUGAGAAAAUGGGAAUCGGUAGCAGUUAUCUUUUCAGAUUGGACGAUGGAUAUGUUGUUGAUGCUACGAAGCGCGGAGGGAUUGCAAGAUUUAUAAAUCAUUCCUGUGAGCCUAAUUGCUACACUAAGGUCAUUAGUGUCGAGGGACAGAAGAAAAUUUUCAUAUAUGCAAAGCGGCAUAUCUCUGCUGGUGAAGAACUCUCUUACAAUUACAAGUUCCCAUUGGAAGAGAAAAAGAUACCUUGUAACUGUGGUUCUAGGCGACUAAAAUUGCUUGAAUCACUAAGAAGGUUUAUCCUGAAGAUAGAGACUAUUGAGGAUUUAGAGUAUUUGUUAUUUACUUUUGUCGUGCCGAGGGUCGUUGAACUGAAGCUAGAGGAAUUUGUUUUAUGGUUGAACUGCUUCAGCAUGUUGCUGCCUUGAAUUCAGGGAAGUGCGAGUUUUAUUUUUGUUGUCAACAAUACCGAGGUUUACGCAACCCACAUGCAUAUUUUUGUAGAUAUUCUCAAUUGCAGAUGAGUUUCUCCUCUUAAGAACUGAUCGUUAGCUGUUUUUGUUAGUUGCUUGGGAAUUUGGGUAUUCAAUGUCAUGUAAAAACAUACUUUGACCUUUUGAAUAUUACAUAAGUUAUACAACAAUUGUUAUUAAUUGUAAACACCCUGCCAAAUAGGGGAAUUUACCAAUUGUGCACAGUCAUACUCUUCCAAAUUGCAAAAAAGGGGAAAAAAAGGAGAAUUGGUGAAAGGAAUUAGAUAAUUCGACUUUAAAUGAUUGAAUUUAUCCUAAAUUCCCUUCAUUUUAUGGCCUAUGGGCUUGGAAUUGAUUGUGCUCUAUUCCGGUCCUUAUUUACUGACAUGUUGGCCCAAUCCGUCGACAUUUCAAUAUCAAGUCACCACUGUUAUCUAUUAAGUCUGACGUAUUUCGUGAAUGUAAGAUGACAUGGUGAGAAACUUGCAUUUUAUGCUAGGCCUUUGUUCAAUAAUUUUUGUGAAAUUUGGCUGCCUUUUAUGGCUAACAAAUAGACAUUGUAUGGUUGCAAUGACAUACUAAUUUUAUCAUAGUGGCACAGUUUGGAGUUUUGAAUACAAUUUCACUGCAACUGCUGAUCAUAAAGGAUCUUAAUUUAGUCUUUGGACUGCUAAACCAUAUUAAAUAAAAGAAUAGUGGGCUAGUUAUUGCAUGCAUGAUGCAAUUCCCAAUUUUACCCUUUUUUUUUUUUUUUUCAAUUUGAUAUUGCGCAGGAAGAAGCAGGUAAGCUGUAACAUGUGAAUUGCUUAGUGGAUGUGUCUGAGGCUUCUGAUGUUAGAAGUGCAAAAUGAUAGUGAAGCAUACCAGCAUAUACAAUUGAGGUGAAAUUUCACAUAUCAAAAUCGAGUGAUUGCCCCGCAUUUUGUACCAACCUUAGCUCAUAUGGGAGUGGGAAGGGCUAGGUGGUACCCUGGAGUACAAGCUCGGUAUUGCUUAUUAUGUCGGUUCGAAUCUGAAAGGUCGGAUGAAGACAUGAAUUGCUAUUUAUCAUUUUGAACUUUUGUAUGGUGAAAAAAAAAAGAAAAAAAAAAG